AUGAAGCAACAUCAACAAAUACUAUUUAUAUCUUUGUUAUAUAUUUUAUUUAUCUCUUCUGUAUCUUCACUAAAUAAUAAUAUUGUUAAUGAUAAUAUUUUUUUAGAUGAACUAGAUAAGCAAUGGUAUUCUUUAACUUCAGAUUUUAAAGUUAUUCCAGGAAAGGAUGUUAAUGAUUCACUAGCCUGGGGUUGGUUCAAAGAUGAAUUGUUUUUAGAUGGAUGGGGAAAGUUGGCAGUAGAAACUCGAUCAUCGGUCAGUGACGAGUCCAUUGCAUUCAAAGCUGCCGGUUAUCUUGAAGGAUAUCUUACUUGGAAAUAUAUUUAUAACUUUUCCGUCAACUAUUUUGAAUCCAAUUUCAAUACUUCUAAUGUAAAGGAAUUCCCAAUGGGUGUUGUAAACUUUGUUAGUGAUAACAUUGAUUAUAUGCAAACUCAAAUAGCAGCCAACAUCAAUAGCAAUGAUAUUUAUUGGAAUCAAGUUAGUAAUGCUUUUGACCAAUUAAAUGGAGUAUACGAAGGUUAUAAUACUGCCAUUUCAGAUCCUAUUUAUGAAUUAUCAUUUUUAGAAAUCUAUUUAUUAAAUUUGUAUGGUGAUAUUGGAGAUAUCAUAUCUGCUACAACUGGAAACAAUGACGAAUUUAAACCAAUGUCAAGAUCAGAUGUUGAGGAGUAUAUGGCAACUGGUGGUCAUUGUACUGCCUUGAUAAAGUUGACUUCCAACUACUCGGAUUUGAUAGUUGCUCAUACCACUUGGGCAGACUAUAGUGAUAUGAUUCGUAUCUACAAGAGAAUUAUAAUACCAGUUUCCUCUACUCCUAAUGGAUAUGAAACACUCUUUGCAAGUUAUCCAGGACUAUUGGUAUCUAUCGAUGAUUUCUACAUGAUCAGACCAUCCAAGUUGAUGUUGACAGAGACACUCAAUUCCAUUCUGAACCAAACACUCUACACUCUAAUUAAGCCUCAAUCUCUAUUGUAUUGGGUCAGAAAUUUAGUGGCCAAUCGUCUUUCAUCGAAUGGAUUUGAUUGGGUUUACUAUUAUAUUCAGAAUAACUCUGGAACCAACAAUAUCCAGUUUAUGGUUGUCGACUACAAGCUGUUCACACCCAAUCAAAUGCCAGGUCCAGGUUUACUUUGGAUAGUGGAACAGUACCCAGGUGGAUACGAAGCUGCCGAUGUCACAUUCUCACUUUUAGAGCAUGGAUACUGGGGAUCUUUCAAUCGUCCCUAUUUCCUCAAGGUUUACGAUCUCCUUGGAUAUCCAUAUUACAGCGAGACCUAUGGUUCUCUUUUUACCUAUGAAUACAAUCCCAGAGCAAAUAUAUUCCGUCGUGAUCAAUCGUCAGUUGAAUCAGUAGAGGACAUUCAAUCAAUGAUUCUCUAUAAUCAAUACAAGACCGAUAUCUACAGUGAUGGAUAUCCAGGAAAUGCUAUAUCUGCUAGAUAUGAUAUUGCAGCUACACCGAUGAACCCAUACUCUUGGUUCUAUCACGGAACACAUGGUGGAAUCGAUGGUAAAGCUAUGAAUGCUGCCAUGUUUGAAACAUACACUGUAAUGGCAUAUAAUGGUCCGACUGUCACAUCUGAUUGUCCACCAUUUUCUUGGUCUGAUUGGCCAGAUGUAUCACAUAUAGGAAUGCCAGAUACUUUUAAUUUCCCUUGGGUAAAUAUAAAGCUUUAA